CGUCAUGGCAAGAGCGAACGAAACGAGCCAUCGUGACUCACCUCAAAACAGAACCGCUCGCACCUCGUUAAUUCAUUAAUAAUUAAAAUUUACAAGUGACACGACGUCAAACGGGGAAAAGCUGAAUUGGACGAUCGAAGCUGGGGAAGAAAGAGCAGAAAAAGAUGCUUUCUUCGAAGGCAAAUGCAGCGCUGACGCGUGUGAAAGAAAUCGAAGAGAAAUACAAAAUGAAGCGUAGAGAGCAGAGAUGGAACCGCAAAGAAGAUACGGAUAGCUCGAUAAGCAGCGUCUCCAUAAAUCUGUCGGAAAACAUAUCGACGCAAUUAAAGUCAUCAAGGAACUCUCCAAGGUCCAAGCUUGAUAUAAAAAUGCCAGAUAUGAAAUUUGAAGAACUCGACGAACAUGCGGAACUUCCAUUGCAGGAUAAGCAAUGUGAAAGGAUGAACCGAUCUGUCGGCAAAGCCGACCUUGAUGUCACGAUGUCACCGGAAGAUAAAUCAUCGUCACGUUCUACAGGAAAGCAAGAAAGUUUCGCUUUGGAUAUAAUAACGAUUCAAGAAAAUAGCUCGAUCGAAAGCGUGCCCGAUGACUCGAUGAUUUCAUCGAAAUCACUUUCGCGCUCGAAAACGUUGCAACGACGGCCCUCUACAACUAAUGAGGAAUUUUCCAGACAUGAAGUAAGAUCGAAAUCAGGUUCAAAUUCUGAGAAAAGUAAGCAGCCUGAAGAAUUAAUCGGACAAUCAUCAUCUGCUAAUUUGUCAGUCGUAAGACGAUCAGACAUAUCUGAAAAAUCGAGCGAGAAGAUUUCCAAGCCACGUUCUAACCAGAAAUCGAGAGAACAUUCGAUCGAGGAAAGAAAAGUUGCCAAAACAUUGAAAAUGCUGAGUUCUGGCCAAAGUUUAAAGAAUUUGAAGCAUUCGAGGUCGUCGCAUGGUGAUAGCGUUAUCGAUGAGUCAAUUGACACAUCAGAGGACAAUAGUGAAAUUAUCUCGGAAUCUUCUCAUGUCGGGAAAAACAUCACUGAAAAGACCGCAAAUAAUUCUGUGAGCGACUCUGGCAAUUCCAAACGUUCGUUAGCUAAUAACGCUUCUGUGGACGUUUCAAGCGGACUGAAAUAUCCGACAGGUGAAAAUGGAUAUGCGAACGACACCUUCGAGGACAUUUCGAGCUCGAUCGCGCAAUCAAAAUCAGGAUCGCAAAAUAAGAGAAUAAUCAAUAGGAAAGAAAACACAGUCAGCAUAACAGAUAAUAAGGAAGACGUCAAAAUUAGUUUGGAUAAGGAACCGUCGAAUUAUGCCAAGAACACCGAAAGCAUUGAUGCGAAGACAGACAAGAGAGUAUCCAGGAAGAGUUCUCUGGAGAUAACUUCAGCGAGCCGGCAAGAAAGCGGCCGGGAAGAGCGCGUGAAAGUGUCAGAUGAAACCAGAGAACGUCUGAUGAUGGAUGUUAUCGGAUUACCUGUUGUGGAUGAUGAAGAGCGGACAAAACAGACGAAGUCUAGUUCAUCAAGGGAGAAGAGCGAAUCGAUAAAGUCUAGUUCGUUGAGAAAGAAGACUGAAUCGACGAGGUCUGGUUCGUUGAGGGACAGGAGUGAACCGACGAAAUCUACUUCGUCGAGGGACAAGAAUGAACCAACAAAGUCUACUUUGUCGAGGGACAGGAGCGAACCGACGAAGUCUACUUCGUCGAGAAAGAAGAAUGAGAGAAAUGAAGAAAACGAGAUUAUCCCUGUGGAGAGCUUGGAUCUACAGAUUCCUCCAAAUAUCGCGGACGUACUGAAAAAAAUACAUAGAAAUGCAAUCAAUAUCAGACAACACACGAGCUUGGAGACCAUGAAAAAAGCGCACGAAAGUUCGUCUACGAGGAAAAUCGAGCCUGAAGUCUUAGGGACGACGUCGAGGCGAAUAGCAACAAGGAAAAAAGAGAGUCAUCGUCGUUCUUCGGCAAGUAUUGAUAUUUUUCUGCUUCAGGUUGAAAACAAAGAUCGUGAAUACAAUACUAAGAAGAAGAAGAAGAGGAGGAAAGUUAAAGUUACUUACUCGAAGCCGGUUGAGACUCACGUUUGCGCCGGAAGUCAUAAAGAAUACAAGACUUUGAGGUACGACAGGAAACAAAUUCGUGAACUACAGAAGCGGGUUGUUGAACUGAGACUGCAGCAAGAACGGGAAGACCUCCAAAAAUAUCUACACGAACUGAAAGACUUAAGACUAGGUGGAUCGGGUUCUACUCCGAACUAUUUCAGUCCCUUGGAAUUUCCAAAGAUCGCAGAAUUUACACCGCCUGAUUCUCUCGACUUUGAUUCGAACGAUCGGCUUGCCGUGCUCCGAGAGAGAAUUUCGGCGAUCAGACGACACUUGAAGGAUCAAUAUAUCUUGUAUCUUGAUUGCUGCACCGUGGCGCGAACGAUCAAUGCCCGCUACGUUCCCACGACGUUGGAGGAUACUAAAAAAAUGAUACGCGAGCUGCGGGAAACGACGAUUAAGAUCAGGUGACAUCGCCGCGCUACGUGAGAUGAUAUUAGUACACGAGCAUGUCUUCAUCGAAGCUGGUAACUGAGCUGCGGGGAACACUUCGGGGAAUCGUGAGUACCUCAAAAUGGAAACUUUUAAUAUCUUUAGCGUCAGGACUUUUUCGAUGUUGCAAGUCGACGCUUCGCUAAACUCGAUUAACUUUCUAAAGCAAGCGUAAAUACAUCGAAACGAGAUAUCCUUCGUUGAACUGAUUCGGAAUUACGUGUUUGCGUUUAAAGAUAGUUUGAAGCACAUGGUAUCGUUGAAUUGAAGACUCGCGAAACGAUCGACCGGAGGAAACAGUUAAAGAAUCAGGUUUAUGCGUGAUUGUGUCGCAUAACAGGGAGAAUUACGUAACAUGAGUUAUAUAAUCGUUGUCUUUUUGAUGCUCGCGUGGUGGUUGGCAGUUUCUGUGCAUUGUAUUAAUCGGGCAAUAAACGAGCGUGUUUAAAGA